UGAAGAAGAAGAAUAAUUCACUCUGAAAAAACAAUGUUUUCUUUGCUUUGUCGGGCUAUCUCAAAUAGAUUUGCCUGAGUGCAAUCACAUCAUCUAGCCAAAGAAACACAACAGUUCUAUCAAUGACAUGUCACAGCCGGUCGCUUCCAUUCGGAGUACCGUUUAUGUGUCCAAUUUACCAUUUGAUCUAACCAACAUCGAUGUUCGGAAGAUAUUCGAAAAGUACGGACAAAUCGCAAGGGUUACAAUUCUACGAGAACGGAAUACCCGCAAAAGCAAGGGAGUUGCUUUCAUACUGUUCACGAACGCGAAGGAAGCGGAUCAAUGUUGCACGGCUGUAAACGACGUUGAAAUGUUUGGCCGCACAUUGAAAGCUAGCAUAGCCAAGGAUAACGGCAAAGGAUCGGCGUUUGCCAAGAGGCGCGAUUAUCCGGACAAGAGUCGCUGCUACGAAUGUGGCGAACGUGGUCACACGAGCUACCAAUGUCCCAGGAACGUACUCGGAGAUAAAUCUCCACCCAGGACCAAGGGAAAACGAAGAGGGACUACUAGUAAAAAGCAAAGCUAUGAUGCGGCUGAGUUGGACAGUGGUGAUGAGGGUGAUGACCGGCUGAAACGAAUAGUGGAUCGUCAGGAGCAAAACUCGGUGGUGGGCACGAAACGAAUCAAGUACAAGAGGAGUGAUUACUUCAGUGAUGACGAGGAAGUGGAAGAAUAUUGAAAUGCCACUGUUCGGAAAGUGCAGUAACCACUCUCAGAUAGUCAAAAAAAGAUUCUUCAAAACACGUCGAAUUGAUCGAAAGCCGAAUUACUAUUUCAAUGAGUGCGAUUCUAUUAGAAACAUAAAAAUCUCUAAAGCUUUGAA